CCAAUCAUCAUAUUAAAGUGUUGAAAAGCCUUGAAAUAUUUUGUUUUUGUGUAGAUUUUGGGACCUCGAACUUGCCAAUCUUUGUUUUACUAUUCAUUAUUUCCUUGAUAAUACUUUCUAUAGAUAUGGGGAAGUUUAGGAUAAUUGUUAUUUCCUAUAACUAUUUUCUGACUUAUGAGGUUCAACAUAUACCCAGCAUUGUUGUGCAGUUUUUUUUGCCGCCUUUCUCAUUUCAAGGAGUAGCUAAAAGAAAGUGCCCUCUGUAAGUGUCAUCUCAGCUCAGUAAGGUUACAUUAACAGGAUUUUUGUUAGGGGUGCUAACACAUUUAACAACAGAACUUUUGUUAAAAGAAAAAAAAAGUAUUUUAAACUGACCUUCAUACAGAAAUGAUAAUGAUUAUACAACUUUAAUAGAUGAAUAAUAAGUGAUUCAUCUUUUUAACACUUUUAACGGAUCUUUAUCAGGGAUGACGAUGUUUUAUUGACACUCGACGUUUUGCUCUAAUAAUCCUUAGACAGACUUGCAGUCAUUGAAUGGAGAUUAAGUUAUUGUUCUGAUCAUGUUUUUUUUUUAAAUAUAGAUACAGUGUUUAAUUUGAAAUGGCAAUUCAAACUAGGAGAAUAUUUCUAUUAUGAAAGAAUAGAAAUAGUGUACAUAGUUAUAUUUUCCACCCAUCCCCUUUUCAUAUUUUGAUUCUGACCACUGCAGAAAUAUUCACUAUACUUUCACUGUGYACUAGUCUUGYAAUUCCACCUCAAAAUGGCAUAAAAGAGCCUCUAAAAUCUGAAAGGAUGACUGUGGAAAAGAAAAAUUWGGGGAUGAAGAAAAUGCCCAGGGAYCGUGAGGGAUGCCCGCCAGGUGGCGCAACAAACCACUCUUUUCGCCGAAGUCGUCAGUUGGUUUUGGUUACUAAGGUAAUCAAUAGGAUGUCAUCGUCUGUCACACAGCAAAAAGGAAGAAGGCUUAAACCGUAAUUGAAACUAAAUCCUUUAAUGUUACUUAUGUUAAUAAACAUUGUGCAUCGCGCUCGGUGCUGUUUAAUGGAGACAAAACCAAACUGGGCAAAAGCUGCACAUUUUAUUUACGUUUUACUGCAAAUAUCUGAAGACUUGSAUGUGUUAAGGGUCAGAUUGCGACUGUGAGCAGGUGAGACUGGUGUGACACCAGACUCGUCUUUUUGGACAGUUCRUGCGCAGAAACAUCAAUUGGCGUCAAUCACUGAUGGGCUGUGGAUCUGCCCGCCGCAUGCAUGAUGGUUUUAGGGCUUUUUGCCACGGGUGCAUGAGCGCGCACGCCGCAAUUGUUGAUGGGCGCGCGGAAAAUGAUGAUGAGAGCGUGACCUCACCGCUUUCUGCACAGCUGCUGGAGAGAAGAGGAGGAGGAGGCAGUGAGAAACAGAAACACGCUGAGGGAAACAGACGGAGACCCAGAACAGCGGAGAGCACUCAAAACACACCAGGAGCUGCGUAUUGGCAAAAAAAAAAAAAAAAAAAAAAAAAAAAAGGGGGGCGGUGGGGGACUGGACAACAUCGAGGUGCGUCCGUGGGCACCUUCCACACCGCCCGGGUUCACCUCCCAGAAUGUUCUGUUUUCCCCAGAAAAAGUCCCUGCGGCGCAUCCACGCACACUGAAGCCCAGAUGCUCACCCUCUCCGCCGACAUGGACGACUCUUCGUCGCUACUGGAUCUGCUGGAGUGCUCGGUGUGCCUGGAGCGCCUGGACACCACGGCCAAGGUGCUGCCGUGCCAGCACACCUUCUGCCGCCGUUGCCUGGAGAACAUCGUCAGCUCCAGGAACGAGCUCCGCUGCCCGGAGUGCCGCAUCCUGGUGGACUGCGGGGUGGACGACCUGCCGGCCAACAUCCUUCUGGUUCGCCUCCUGGACGGGAUCAAGCAGCGGCCGCAGMGAGGGAGCGCAGGAGGAGGACGAGGAGGUGGCAGGCAGUCUCUAGCCGGAGGUUCGCUGCAGGGGUACGCAGCCGGGAUAUCCGCCUCCCCUCCGGGAACUGCACUUAGAGAGCUGCCCGUGGCCACCAGGAGCUCCCCUGUCAAGAAUAUCCCAGCACUGCCUUGCGGUAAAGCACUCUAUUCAUAUGAAGGCAAGGAACCAGGCGACUUACAGUUUUCCAAGGGUGAUAUUAUCAUCCUGCGGCGCAAGGUGGAUGACAACUGGUACCACGGGGAGCUUAAUGGUUGCCAUGGCUUCUUGCCAGCUAGCUACAUCCAGCUGCUGCGUCCCCUGAGUCAAACCCCACCUCARGGCAAAGCUUUGUAUGACUUUGAGGUCAAAGACAAAGACCAGGAUAAAGACUGCCUGGCCUUCAGCAAGGACGAGGUUCUGACAGUAAUCAGACGCGUAGAUGAGAACUGGGCAGAAGGCAUGCUGGGAGACAAGAUUGGCAUCUUCCCCAUUCUUUAUGUCGAGUUAAAUGAAACGGCGAAGCAGCUGAUGGAGAUUGACAAACCUAUGCCAGUGAAUGCACCAGGUCCCAGCUCUGAGCCAGCCCCCCUGGGUCCCUGCACUCCCGGUCCCUCCCCCAGUGCCUCGCCGUCUAAUGGAAAUGGCUCCGGCCACAGGAGAGGUGAAGGGAAGAAAAACGCAAAGAAGCGCCAUUCUUUUUCCGCACUCUCUGUCAGCCAGAGGGCUGCCCAGCUGAACAACAGACACAGCAUGGAGAUCUCACACCCGGUCCUCAUCAGCUCCUCUGACCCCAGAGCAGCUGCUCGCAUUCAGGAUGCAUCUCCUCCAGGUCCCUCUCCAUCCUCAGUGGGGAUACCGCUUCCCCCCAAAGUGGCGUCUCUUACCUCUGAGCUGUUGGCUCAUGCCAAGGUGCAGCUGCCGCUCAACAUAUAUUUAGCUCUAUACGCCUACAAGCCCCAGAAAGCUGACGAGCUGGAGCUAAGGAAGGGGGAGAUGUACCGAGUGACAGAGAAGUGUCAGGAUGGAUGGUUCAAAGGCACCUCACUAAGAACUGCCGCUUCUGGAGUCUUUCCAGGAAACUACGUCACUCCCGUGUCCAGGGCUCCAUUUGGACUUGCAUCACCUCGAGGUUCGAGUUUGUCCAGUCCAGUUGGAGGAGGGGGAAGUGGGUGCAGUCAAGCGGCGGGUAAAAUCUCAGACCCUUCAUCCCCCGGGUCUCCUGGCCCCUCGUCGUCUCGUCCCGCCACGCCGCUCGUGACAUCAGCAAACUGCGUCAACAGUGUCAGCCCCGCAUCCUCGCCGCAAACUGCCGCCGCCCAGCUGAAGAACUGCCUGCGUUCCAGCCAGCAUGUGGCCAAUCAGGCCCGCACUUCAAUGCAGCUGGUCCAUAGUCCACCUGCUGGAAGUCCAGAGCGCCCCACUGUGUCCAUCUCCCCRCUGCGUCCUCAGAACUCCUCUCCCUCACGCUGYGCUGGCCAGUCGGGUCGUCCCCUCUCCAUGGUGUCUCCAGGACCCAGCUUAGGCCCCUCCCCGCUCUCCUCCCCGGCUUCACGGCCCAUCCUCCCCCUCUCCUCCCCUCUCUCUUGUCUCACACCUCCCAACGUCUCUGCYGUGUUUCUCAACGGUGAGCCGGCCAGUCCGCUGCAGCCGCCUUCUCCUGGUCCCUCCCACGCUCCCACCCAGGGUGCUCUAGCACCCAAAGUGGAGAAGAAGGAGAGAAAAGCAGCAGGCUUGCUAAAGCUCUUGUCAGGGGCUGCGGCCAAAAAGAAACCACGCUCACCGCCGUCCUCUCCACCCACACACGACCCCUCGCAGGCAGGCCAGGGGGCCGGGGCCACAGAGCCAACCCACCACCCUCACCACCUUCACCACCACGGCCGCUCGGGUUCCUGUCCGAUGGCGUCUCAGGGCCGAGCCGGCUCGUGCCCAAUCGAGAGUGAUAUGCCAGGGGCAAUAGGGCUGGAGCCGCUGCACAGGAAGUCCGGUUCCCUGGAUACCAACUUCCCCAUGUCGCCCCCAGCAACACGUGCUGGCAGCGCCCUAAUGGUCCUCCGACCUGAGCCCAAACCUUUGUCAAGAGAGAGGUAUCGUGUGGUCGUUCCUUACCCGCCUCAGAGUGAGGCGGAGAUUGAACUGCGGGAAGGAGACGUGGUGUUUGUUCACAAGAAGAGGGAAGACGGGUGGUACAAAGGCACCCUGCAGAGGACGGGACAGACCGGCUUGUUUCCCGGCAGCUUCGUCGAGAGCUUCUAAGCUCCAAGAACGGGACAAAAGAGUUUAACCCCGCCUCUGAGUCACACACACAAAAAUAUUUCACACAAACACAAGCAGCAUCUACACGGAGGUUGGGCUGAUAUUGGUUUCACAGAUUCUUUUAUUUCUUUACUGGAUCAAAAUUCAUGAAAUUUUAUGUUUCAUUUUCUAACCUGCCUUAAGAAACUAGCUCUUCAACAGUGGAAGGAAAAAUAAUUUCAAAAUGUUCUGUUUUUAAACAUAUCGAGCAAUAUACAAGUUUUAAAUUAAUUGUGGUUUGAAGCAGCCACAGAUCACAACUGUUGUCUACAACUUUCUGAAAUCCAGAUUAGUCCAACCAAUUCACACACACUUCACUAAGCACAUGCAGCCCCUUACACAAUUAUUAGGACCCCUGGUAUAACAUGUAGAAAGUCUUAAAAUGAAUCUAUUCUUUUACUGCAGAAGCAUAAUCUCACACUGAAAAAUGUACCUGAAUUAGAGCACAUUCAUUCGGUUUACUGAUCACACCGUGUGCAACAACCACAUCUACAGAUAGUUUGUACAAUACUGUCCCCAAUGUUUCUUGAUGGUUGUUGGCUAGAUCUUUGCUGAAAAACAGUUUAACCUCGGUACCUGUUCAGAAAACUUAAAAUGUCACCUCUGAACAGUUUAAAAAGAUAGUAUACCAUAUAUUUCUAAAUCAACACAGAAAUAGUUAGCCACUCUUUUUCUUGCUAUCCCCAUCUCCAGGCCAGAUAGGUUUUUAUUUUACUCUAAAAAAAAUAUCUACCCAAUCUAAAAGUUGGCUUUUUAAUUGUGAGAUGAUCCUACUGCAACAAAAGAUACAUUCAUUUAAAGGCUUACUACACUUAUUUACGAGGGCUGCCAAUAAUUGUGGAGGUCAACUGUAGGACAUGGCUUUAAACCAGCCCAGCCUCCCAGAUGGAGUUUACCUACAACUCGUGCUCCGAAGCUACUGAAGGCACAGACUCUAAGAGCACAGAACGAUGAGCCAUGCCUCCCAGAUCUCCUGUUUGGCGUUGUCCACCAGCAAACAUUAGCACAAAAUUUAUUAGCUCUGUUUUUCCACUGAGACCUCAGAACUUGAAUCCGGGUGCUUUCUUCAUUUGAGGAGUAAACAUUUACAGGCAGGCGGUGAGGGAAGUGCGCAAGCCUGCACUCCAGGAUCUUCUCGUCUACUCUGUGACAGCAAACACACGUUUGGUUUCAGCCCAGUAUAUGUUGACAAUGCAUGUAGCAUUAUUAUGUUUCUUUUUAUAUGUUGUAAUAGGUGUUUGUGUUGUCCUGCUGUGAUGAUCUGUCACAACAUUUUAUUUAAAGAAGAAAAAAAAAUGGCAGAAUUAGGACAUCCAUUUUUCUAUUUAUAUGUCUUACAUGACUGAGAAAAUAUUGAACUUUUAUUACUUUUUGGCUCUCAAACUUCAAUUUAAUUUGAACUGACUGGCUUGUUGAAUGUAAAAAGAAACAGGAAGUCACAACAAAAUGCUUCUACAGACUGUUUUAUAGAGUUGUUUUUGAACUUUGGUAUGAGAAUAGACACAGAAGAAAUGCACUUGGUGAUAUUUGUUACAACUUGCCUCCAUACUUGCAUAUACAGUAUUUGAGCACAUCAAGGGAUUUUAUUUUAUUUUUUACUUCUGCUUGUCUUUUUAAGCAAGAUUUUUCUACAAGCAGGCACAAAGUAGUUCGGUACAAUAAAAAGGUUUAAAUAAGUUCAAUUUUCAAAAUACUUGGAGGUGACUUCACCCUUUUCCGUCAGACAGUCAUUAACACCUUCCACAAAGAGCCACAAAAGCUUCUUUCUAAAGAGGGCUAGCAGUUCACAUAGUGCUGUCUCCAGGCAUAGUAAAGAAAAGUAGAGUGGAAGAAAAAAAACAGAAAAUAGAAAAUCAAAUUCUAAAGCCCAGAUUCUCAUAAAAGUUGCUUUUUAUAUUAGAAAUGAUUAACACACAAAUGUAAGCCUUAUUCUAUGAUGAAUGUUCAUACACCGUACAGUAAGAGUCGAUACCUGGUCGGACACACUUCUGCAUUAAUUACUGUGUUGUGUCCUGGAUUUGAUGAGACUGUUCUUCUGCUAAGUUGUUAAAAAAGCUCUCACCAACAGCACAAACAUUAUUUAUGAAGCUCAGGUCAGGUCCUUCCACUCAACCUUUUCUAUUUAGAUGUUUGGAUGAAGCAUUCUGUGAACACUCAUUUUCUUUAGGAAGGAGCUUUUGUGGCUUUAACUCCCUGUGGAGGGUGUCAGUGAAUAUCUGUCAUUGGUCUUGUGUAAUAUUCAAUUUUCUAAUAAACCUAAUUAGGUUUUUUUUUAAUUAGUUUUAAGCCAUAAUAAUGGAAAUUAAAGUGAAACAAAAUAAUUUAGAUGUCAUUUUAUCUGACAUGAAUCCAUAUAAUAUGAAUUUUACCUCAGUAAUAUUAACGAUUCUCUAAUUUAUUGAAAUUCAUCCAUAGAACAGACUUUUUCUUGAAAACCUGGUAACGUUUUUAAUCUGACUGCAGCAACAUUGUUCCAACACAAGAGAGGAGAACCUGGAUCUUGUCUAGUUUCCGUUUUAUUCAUAUUAAUCUUUUUCUUCCUGAAAAAGCACAGCAAAGCUCUGACUGUGACUGUGAACAACAGGUCAGCAGCCAAAUUGUUGGAUUUUUUUUUAAUUUCAGCCGAAGCACAAACAGCUAUCAGACAAGUGCACAAGUAGAAAUCUCUUUCUCUGACAAGCACACAAGGGUCUAACUGACACUAUCCAGAUCAACAGAUUGGUUUACAUCGCAUAGAAAAGCUGAAAGAAAGUGACCUUUGGCUGUUGUUGUUUUUUAUAUACAUUUUCCUGCAUUUUUAGGAUAGUUUAAGUGUUUUGUGUGUUAUUUGUGAAAUGUAGAGCUGACCAAACUUUAAAGACUUUUUUGUUGUAUUUUUUUUUUAUUUAUAAUUUUUUUUCAAAGCACAUAUUUCAACUUGAGUCCUCCGUUUAUGCUGUUGCUUCCACUCGCUUUAUCUAUAGAUCAUUUCUAGUAAGUUAACUUUAAGCCUCAUAUGUAUGUGAUCGUUAGUCACCUUAUUUAUCUGUUUCACUUGUAAACAGAUUUAACAAAUGUAUUACAUCAGUUAAAUUAUUGUCAGGACUGCUUACAGGCUUCAUCACAUCCAAAAAUUUUAAUUUUAACUUUUCGUCCAAAACCUUCCGAGGAAUAUUUGUAUUUUUUUUUCCAGAAAAGAGCAGGUAAACUAAAACACAGCGUCCUUCAAAUCUUCACAAUAAGAGCCUUAAACCUGCGUUCUUAUCUUGUCACAUAAAGUUAAUGAAAAUACCCUACAAGCUGUGUGUUAAAAUCUACACAUAAUAAUCACGGUAAAGUUUCUCGCAAUAUUAAAUUCUUAUUACUGUUACCCUGCAUGAGACAUGACAACGUGACUUUUAUUGUUUGUGGAGGAUUCGUGAAACAUUUUGGGUGCACCUAAAUGUUGCCGAUGGUGAUGCUUGUGGCUAAUUGUUUGGUGCACAUGUAAGCACAGCUCUGACUUUGUAUCGAACAAAUUCAUAAAUGCUGAAACCAACCAACAGGACAUGGACAAGCCUUGCAAAAGCAAGCACAAAGCAAAAACAGCACAGACAAAGAAAACCCCUAAGCUAAAAGAACAGUUUUUUUUUAAAUGAAAGAUAAUUGAUUGGAAUCCACAAGAAAAUGAUUCAUCUGGAUGUUCCCAUGCAGGGAAUCCUCAGAGGAAAACAGAAUUAUUCUUAAGAUGAAAUUAUUUUCUUCCAACUAGGCGUGGGCUGUUUAUGGUCAAGGUAUGCCAAUGUUUUCAAAAAGGAUAAAAACGUUCAUAAAAUUUUAUUCACGCAUCUAUCCAUUAUAUUCCGCUUAGCGAAGAUCAGGUCGCACAGGUAACAGGUCCACAAGGGAAAUCCAGACAUCUCUGGACCUACAGACACUCUCCAGGCCCCUCCUGGGACCCCAAGGCAUUUCCAGCCCAGGAAAUAUGUAGGGUACGUAGUCCGUCCAGCGAGUUUGGGUUGUGCUCUGGGGACCCAUUACAGAUCCCAGUGGGUUGUCUUUAAAAACCUCCAAACAGAGACACCCAGGAGACAUCAUGGUACGAUAAUCAAGCCACCUGAGCUGACUGCUUUCAAUGCAGAGGACCAGCGUCUGUCCUGAUAGAACUUUCUCACCCUGUCUGUAAGCUUGAGUUUAGUCACUUAAUCACAGGAAGAUCAUUUCAGCUGCUUCUGUCUAGAAUCUCUUUCUGUCGGUCGUGAUUCACCUCUCAUGACAAUGGGGAGCACAAACAGUCUGAGCGCUUCCCUGUUUGACUCAGUGAUUUCUCCAACCCAUCAGACCACAGCAUUGCCAGCAUUACUGCUCAUGAGGCCAAAAUCUGUCUGUCUCUCUUACAACCCAUCCUGCCAUCAUUUAAGAACAAGAAACCUUUUUUUUUUUUAAAGCAUAUUAAAUGUUCCUUUGGUGCAAAGCUAUGUUAAUAAGGUGCCAGAAAAUGCUUUGAAGGGGGCAAAGUUUCCUCUGGCUGUAUGGAGCACAGAGGAAUGCAGACUCAUACAGUUUUCCGUCACUUACAAGAAACGCAAAUUCUUCAUUUCUUGAAAUAUUUCUUGUCCCAGAAUCACGAACAGUCAUGGUAUGGAAACUCAAAGAGCUGCACCCUGUUUUACUCUUGGUAAGCUAGGAGUGGCGUACUAGCAGUCCACAAGGCCUGAUCAGAUAGCCUGACUAAUUUACCAGCAAAUUUAAAUGAAGUGCACGAUUUCAAAAACACAUAUUCUGUCCAGUUGACAUUCUCAAUAAAUAAACAGUAUUAUAUGUUUACUGUUACUUUAAUAAUACUACAAUAACAGCAGUAAGAACGUUUGUUUUCUAGGUUACAAAGAAAAGCCACUCGACCAUGUUGAGACAUUCGUGUUUGUUGUGUGCUAACAUUGCAGUAUUGUUACUGAAGGUUUGGUAUUGUGAGAACCUGGUACCGGCUCAUCCCCGUGUGCAGCAGGUCCCAGCUCGCAUGUAUCCGGACUGCAUUCAACUUUUUAGAUUCGGCAUUGAAUUUAUCCACUGUUAAAUUAACUUUAAUGUGUUUUUGUUUUUUUUAUUGCGCAAGCUCAAAUUUGUUAUCUGUAUGAGUGUCGCUAGGGCUUCUUUGUUCAGUGAGUAAAAAGGUGCGUAUUUAUCUCCAGAAAUUAGCAAAAGAGGGAGUCACUAUGAAACUUUUGGGUAUAAGUUCUUGGAAAAGUCGGACUUAGCAUAUCUCCAUUGGCCUUUGAAACCUGUCAGUCAAACCUUAGUGCCUACAAAUGUCACACAAAUACAUGGUGUUUAUUCUAGUCAGACCAGUGCCCUCUUUCCAUGCUUCUUUGUAUACAAGUGUCAGUAAGGCAAGCCUGCGGGUUCAUUUGUAGUCCUCUCUGUUUUGUUGGGCCCGAUUACAGCAACCAGCAGAUCCCAAAACAGCUCUGCACUGGUCUCACGUGAGCUUUUCUUUGUCUCUUUGUGGGCUUGCUGACUCAAGAACUCAAAUAUAUAUUGUUUCCAAUUUAAAAGAACAAAAAAAAAAACAGCCUCUUAUUUGUGUUGGAGAUUAUUGAAUCUCAGAAGUGUGUGUUUUAUUUUUAUUUCCCUUGGGGGUCGCUUUUCUUUGGGGGGGGAGAAAAAAAAACGUUUACAGCUGUCAAAAUGUCAGGAAUAAAACCACUGCACAGUGGUCACUUUAGAUAUAACUUGAAGCGCCAGUUUUUCAAAAGUUUUUGUGUGUGUUUGUAUUUUUAAUUAUGUGAUCUAAGGUUGUCAUUCGCCUCACAGCUUCCUGGUUGCAUAAAUGAACUAGCUGAAAAAUUGCAGUGAGGGCUUCAGAAAUUAAAAAUUUGGGUCAUUCUUUCGAGGUGUAAGCAUUAUUUGGAUUGACUGAGGCACAAUACUAGCACUCAGUUGUCUUGGAGCACUAUUCACAGCCCUGAAAACUCAAACAAUGUAUUUUAUUGAGAUUUGAUGUGAUGGAUCAAGGUAUCAUGGCACAUUCUGCUGAUUUGUAUUUGCCAAAAGCCUAUGAAUCCUUAUUCUUGUAGAGUCACUGUUGGCUAUAAUUACAGCUGCAACACAUUUCUGAUUUAUAUUUGUAAAAAAAAACAUUUAUCAUUAGCCCUCAACUUCAUAAUUAUGUCCGAUUUUGUCUUCGGUGUAUCACAAAAAAAAAAAAAAAUCCCAAUAAGAAACGGAAGUGUUUGUGGUUGUGGGAACCUGAAUGGGUUUUCUGAUAACCAUUUUUGAGCCCAAACGCUUUUUGUGACGCUGUCAAGUUAUCUACCAGGAAGCUUGAGUUCCCGAUCUGCCAUUUUGUAUUAAACGCCAUAUUUGUUCUUACAGAUACUUGAGAGAGCCUGUGCGUGUGUGCGUGCGUGUGUGCGUGCGUGUGUGUGUGCGUGUGUGUGUGUGUGUGUGUGUGUGAAUGCAAAGCGGGAGGACGGAGGCUUCUGUAUGUAGCUCUUUACACUAAAAAGAAACUCUAUGACAAAGCGUGGUGCAACACGGACACUCAUGCCUCUUCAGGACUGACUCGUGGUGAAAACUGUUGGUACUGUGGGUGAAACAGAGAGAACAACAAAAAAAAAGAUUAUAUAUAGAUAUAUGAUUCUAUAUUGUCCAGAAUAUUUAUAGGCCUUUUGUGCCAUUGCAGUCAUGCUCUGGACUGACACCGUCCAGCGCUUUCUACCAUGUGAUCAUUAUACAUCGUCUUGUACCGAUGACCCGUGGUUGAUAUGAUUGUUUUUGUUUGUUUUUUUCAUGUCAAGUGCAUUUUUCGCAAUAAAUGCCUUUGUUUUCACAUUUA